ACUAUAAAAGCUGAAGAUUGUCUGGCCCACAGACAACAGUCAACUGAAGUGUACUGAGCCAAGAAGAUGUCACAAAGAAUGAAUAUUUCUUUCUUCCUCCUCCUUUUCUGCCUUUUGGCAUUGGGACAAGCUGAGCUGCGGCUGUACCAUCCUUUGCUGACCCUGCAUCAGCAGCCCACUCUGGCGAAGGUGGGUCAUCUGGUAGAUCAUGUUCCCACUGCUGUUUCCCACCAGAGCUCCACCGUUGUCCACCGAAGUGUUCCUAGGAUUACGCCACUGCUGGCCCCUGCCCUGAGGACCACCUAUCUCCACUAUCCUAGCUGGAGUUAUCCACUGUACGAGGGAGCCAACACUCUGUACAGAAAGUAA